CCCCGCGCUCGGCGGCGGCGGGCGCCCGAGGGGCCCAAUGGGAGCGGAGGCCCGGCCGCCCCGCCCCGCGCCGCCGGACGCUGCGAGGGGACAUGGCUGCCGCCGGUGCCGGGUCCUUGAGCUGAGCGUCCGCCGCCGGGAGCCAACCGCCGCUUUCAACCGUCCGCGCGGGCGGGCCGAGGCGCCGGCGGGCCGGCGAGCAGCCGCGGCCUCCGCGCAGGGGGAGGCGGCAGCAGGAAGCCGGAGCGGCCGCCGCGACCGGGCACAUGGCGUCCAUCUUACUGAGGAGCUGCCGCGGCCGGGGGCCCACCCGCCUCCCGCCGCCCCGCGCCGCCGCCCCGAGGGGAACAUGCCAUUUCGCUGCUGCACUCCCGCCCACCCCGUGCACCUGUCCUUCAGAACCGAUCCCCGUGGCUAUUGGACUCCGAGGCCCGAGCGCGUGUGCUCGGCGGCUGGAGUGCCGUGGGCCCCCGCCUCCGCCAGUCUGGUUGUCCCGGGGCCACCAUUCCUUCCCUCGCGCUGCUGGCACUCGUCGCCCCCGCUGGGCGAUGACUCUGUGGUGGAGAAGUCCCUCAAGUCCCUGAAGGACAAGAACAAGAAGCUGGAGGAGGGCGGCCCCGUGUACAGCCCCCCCCCGGAGGUGGCCGUGAAGCAGUCGCUGGGGCAGAGGGUCCUGGACGAGCUGAAGCACUACUACCACGGCUUCCGCCUGCUCUGGAUUGACACCAAGAUCGCCGCGCGCAUGCUCUGGCGAAUCCUCCACGGCCACAGCCUGACCCGCAGAGAGCGCAGGCAGUUUCUCCGGAUCUGCGCUGACCUCUUUCGCCUGGUCCCCUUCCUGGUCUUUGUGGUGGUGCCGUUCAUGGAGUUCCUGCUUCCUGUCGCUGUGAAGCUCUUCCCCAAUAUGUUGCCGUCCACAUUCGAGACCCAGUCCAUCAAGGAAGAGAGGCUGAAGAAGGAGCUGCGGGUCAAGCUGGAGCUGGCCAAGUUCCUGCAGGAUACCAUUGAGGAGAUGGCCCUGAAGAACAAGGCAGCCAAGGGGAACGCCACCAAAGACUUCUCCGUGUUUUUCCAGAAGAUCCGAGAGACAGGCGAGAGACCCAGCAAUGAGGAGAUCCUGCGUUUCUCCAAGUUGUUUGAGGACGAGCUGACCCUGGAUAACCUGACGCGGCCGCAGCUGGUGGCCCUGUGCAAGCUGCUGGAGCUCCAGUCCAUCGGCACCAACAACUUCCUGCGCUUCCAGCUCACCAUGAGGCUGCGGUCCAUCAAGGCUGACGACAAGCUGAUCGCUGAGGAAGGGGUGGACAGCCUGAAUGUGAAGGAAUUGCAGUCAGCGUGUCGGGCGCGAGGCAUGCGGGCCCUCGGUGUCACGGAGGAUCGGCUGAAGGACCAGCUGAAGCAGUGGCUGGAGCUGCACCUGCAUCAGGAGAUCCCAACGUCCCUGCUCAUCCUGUCCCGGGCCAUGUACCUGCCAGACACCCUCUCGCCCGCCGACCAGCUCAAGUCCACGCUGCAGACACUCCCGGAGAUCGUGGCAAAGGAGGCCCAGAUGAAGGUGGCCGAAGUGGAGGGUGAGCAGGUGGACAACAAGGCGAAGCUGGAGGCCACGCUGCAGGAGGAGGCGGCCAUCCAGCAGGAGCACCGGGAGAAGGAGCUGCAGAGGCUCUCCGAGGCAGCGAAGGAAGUGGAGCCCGAAGUGGCGGCAGAGGCUGCCCCUGGGAGGCCUGCGACCGAGCUGCAGCCCGAAGUGCCCGAGGUGACCCUGCCGUCAGAGGCCCUGAAGGACACGGCCCCUGUCCUGGAAGGCUUGAAGGAAGAGGAAAUAACAAAAGAGGAAAUCGACAUACUCAGCAACGCCUGCUCGAAGCUGAAAGAGCAGAAGUCGUCCCUGACGAAGGAGAAGGAGGAGCUGGAGCUGCUCAAGGAGGACGUGCAGGACUACAGCGAGGACUUGCAAGAGAUCAAGAAGGAGCUUUCCAAGACUGGCGAAGAGAUCUAUGUGGAGGAGUCUAAAGCCAGCAAGAGGCUGACGAAGAGGGUGCAGCAGAUGAUCGGGCAGAUAGAUAGCCUGCUGUCCCAGCUGGAGAUGGACCAGCAGGCUGGCAAGCUGGGCUCCACCCCCGAGCAGCCGCCUACGGGGGAGACCGUCAUCAGCAUCACCGAGCUCAUCAGUGCCAUGAAGCAAAUCAAGCACAUUCCAGAAAACAAGCUCAUCAGCUUGGCCUCCGCGCUGGAUGAAAAUAAGGAUGGCAAGAUCAACAUCGACGACCUCGUCAAGGUGAUCGAGCUGGUGGACAAAGAAGACAUCCACAUCUCCACCAGCCAGGUGGCCGAGAUUGUGGCCAUGUUGGAAAAGGAGGAGAAGGUGGAGGAAAAGGAGAAGGCCAAGGAGAAGGCUGGGAAGGAGGCCGCCGAAGUGAAGAAUUAGGGCCUGCCCCGCUCACGGGCGCCUCGGGGCCCCUCCCGCGUCGGCCUCCGCCCCCCAGCACCGGCUGCCGGGCCCUGCUGUGCUCGAGGCGGCUUUGAGGUAAUUCUUAGUGACAAUCUAGUAUUUUGUCUGGAAUAAAUCAGAAACUUCCAUAAUCAAGUAAUUUUUAAUUUCAUCAUUCCACGAAGAUUCAUUCAGUCUGGAAUCCCUGAACCCUUCCAGGGCAUCAUGUCUGGACUCACACAGUGGCACGGUGCUGCCGUGGCCCCAGCCGUGGUGGCCACGUGUGCGGCCCGCCAACAGCCGGGGAGUCGUGGCUGCACACGGGCCUCCUGGCUCCAGAGGUGGGCCCGGGCCAGGCCGGGGCAGUAAGGUGCCUCCUUCCCUGCGUGGGCCGCACCCUGCUGGUGCCUGUCCCUGGGGAAGAAAGGACCGGCCGUGUGGACUCCCCGUGCCCGUGGAGCCUGAGGCACGCAGAUGGGAAUUAGAGAAACACAGCCCUCCUUGGCUCUGGAGAAGACGUGCCCACUAGUCUGCGGACUUGGAUUCCUGACCGUCAGGCAGCCAAAUGGCACCUUUUCACGCACAGUUCCAAAGUCGUCUCUGGAACGACGGGGGUCCCAUGGCCUCUGGAAAACCAGUUGUCCCGACAGGCACGUGGUGCCUUGUGCAAGUCUCCUGCCGUGUGUCCGCCCUCGCUUGGUUUAACCUUUGGUGUUCCCCUAACCCUCGAAGCAGUUGACGAGUGCAGCCUUGUCACACAACGCUGCAGGUCUGACCCGUAGUAGCCGACGAGAGUUACGCCGGGAGAGAUACUAACGAAGCCCUUGGAAGUUAAGCCUUUCCGCUCAACUAAUUGAUCAUGCUGUUGUGGCUUUUAGAAAGUUUCCCGCUUUGGGUUGUCGGCGCCCCGUCACCCCCAUGGGUGAUGGGAACGGAUUGCGCUGUGUGUCCAGGGACGGCGCGGGGCGCUCGGAGCGCACACCCCCUGCUACAGCGUUGCUCCCAGCUCCUCCGGACCAGCAGGCCAGUGGCCGCACGGGUCCUGUGGCGGGGAGUCCUGAGGGGCUUUCAGAGAGGCGGCGCCCUGGCGGGGGCCGGUCCAACACUCAGGCUCUGGAGGGUCGGGCUCACCUGGCGCACCCGGGGCUGGAGCGCGGCGGCCUCCGUGGGCUUGGCGUCUGGCCGCCUCAGCACCUGGCAGCUCAGGUCGGGGGUGCUCGGGGGGCGGGGUGCUGGGGUCUCAGCUCUGUCGGACUUGUUCUUCAAAGGCUGGGGCCGUUACGGGCAAGAACGUUCUCUCGGCGGAAUGCAGGCACAGGCUUGGAAGAGCUAGGAACAGGGUGGCCAGGUGAGCCGCGUGAGCCGGGAGAGGAGGAGGAGGGCCCAGAAAGGACGGCUUCUAAAUUACUUGAAAAUUUUUACUCAGCCGUUAAAGAGGAAACUUGACAAAAUAGGAAUAAGAUUAUGUAUUCUCAAAUGUAAGCCUUUGUAAAGUAACAGUUGGGUUCUAAAGGGUUUUUAUUUCGAUUAUUUGAGAAAUAUAUUUUACAUGCUUAAUUAAAAUAUUUAUAAAUUACCUUACACUUCCGUUAGUGGCGGGUGUUGAGCCGUAGGAAGUGUGCGUGUCUGUGAGCUUUGGGCCGCCUGUGGGCCCCGUGGAUGGCGCUUGUCUUUGUAGCGAGCGGCGCUUCGGCGCCCCAGCAGCUGGGCCCAGAUCCUGUCUUCCCCGUCGCCGCCCUGGCCGGGUGCCCUGGGCAUCCCCACGAUGCGGUCACUGGCACGGCCGGGCGCCCCCGCUGCGCCCCCGCUUGUCCGCGUCCCCCGGGAGAGUCGCUCGCCCCCGGAUGCUGCCGGGCUUGGCGAGGACCUUCGGGGCUGGCCACGUGGGCAGUGGCCCUGCUGCAGGCCCCGCCUCGGUGGCGCGGGGGAUGUUCCUGUCCUGAGCUGGUCGCCGCAGCUGAGGGUCGUGUCCGGGCGUGCCGGCGGUAGACCUGGAAGUCAGUUCUGUGCCGCGAGCUUUGCGGAGGCGCCUGGGCCGUGACCGCCGGUGUCGGACGGCUGUUCCCGCAGCCCUCCUGCGCUUCUGGAGGAGAAGCAGCCUGUGAUGUCGACACCUGCUUGGAAAGGAGACAGGAGUUCUUAGCGCGUGCUUCAUCCUUCGCUCCACCUUUUAAACACCACUCUUUUAGUUGGGAUUUGGGAAAACUGUGUGUGGCUUCUGGAGCCCUUUUGGAAUCUCAAAAUCCAGACUUUUUAAAAAUGAAGGGCGCUUUGCAAUUUUGCAGAAUAACCUCCAGGCAGCGGUUCUCACAGUGGUGCCCUGGGCCAGCUCCACCUGAGAACCCCCCCCCCACCAGCUGUGUAUAAAUGUCUUUUUUUAGAAAUAGUGUUUUUAUUAAAAUGCCAAAUUAAUGUUCCCAUAACACUCGAAGUAAGAUUUUUGAACCAUGUGGCGCAUCAGAAGUUAAGGUGGAAGCGGACAGAAUUGUUGGAGUGUCUGCUUUGGGCUUCAGGGUCCGCUUCCACCUUCACGGCGGAGGGGGGUGGCACGUGGCCCUUGGGCGUGGCUGUGCCACCAUGAGGCCAGGUUCCCGAUGGACGUCCCACCUAGCGGAGCUCAAGCCCAGGUGGCCUCAGGUGCACGCUGGCUUCAUGUCCCGUCAGACUGUGCCCCCAGCCUGACCCCCGUGCGGUGGCCAGACACUCGGUGUGAUGUACGGAGAAGGGUUAAUAAAGCACUGUCGUGAUGA